AUGGCUAACGUCUCGAAGGACGAACUCGCCACGGCGAACGCAUUAAAACGUCAGGGUACUGAAGUACAAGCUUUUGAUGCAUCGGAUAACCUUCUUACGGGUUUCCAAAUAUGGACUGACGUGGCACCCAGCAUUAAAGAGGACCCUUCCUUGCUUUUCGUAAAAUGUCUAGUACAACCAGGGUCAACACGCCAAAAGCUUCUAUGUACGCAGAUUGACCCACCUCCAGCUGCUGGCGAGGAAAACAAUACAUUCGAAGUACCAAUUGCAAAUGCAUGGAAUACGAAUGCACAAAUCGAUCCUAUGACAUAUGGUGACAUUGGUAUGCUACCGCAGACCAACAUACCAUGUGUACUGGAUUACCUACGUCAUCGUUUUAUGAACAACCAAAUCUACAGUACCGCCGAUCCACUACUAGUAGCUGUCAACCCAUUCAAAAACUUGGGCAAUGCUACCGAUGAAGUUAUCCGCCAUUACAAGGAAGCUUCAGACUCACUCAAAUUGGACCCACACGUAUUCAGAACAGCCAGGCACGCAUUGGAAAAUGUAUAUGAUUACAAGUAUUCACAGACCAUUAUUGUGUCUGGUGAAUCUGGUGCUGGUAAGACUGAAGCUACCAAACAGAUGAUGAGAUACUUUGCAUACAACAGCAAUGGACAAAGUAACGGACAGAUACAAACUGCAAUCAUGGCCGCAAACCCUGUACUCGAAGCUUUCGGUAAUGCUAAAACUAUUCGUAACAACAACUCAUCACGAUUCGGACGUUUUAUGCAACUUGAUGUAUCUGAAGAAGGUGGGAUACGGUACGGUUCAGUUGUUGCAUUCUUGCUGGAAAAAUCACGUAUCAUCACACAGGACCCGGAAGAAAGAUCAUACCACAUAUUCUACCAGCUGCUUAAAGGCGCAACACCCGAAAUGAAGACAAAAUACAAACUUAAAGGAUUGACGGAUUAUAAAUUCUUGAACCCAAAAUGCCUAGAUGUACCAUCUAUUGAUGAUGUUGCUGAUUUCAAGGAAGUUAUUGCGUCUUUCAAGAGCAUGGGUUUGGACGAUUCUCACAUGGAAACCAUUUUCUCUAUAUUAUCUGGUGUAUUAUUAUUGGGUAAUGUUGAAAUUGGUGUCACCUCAGUGGACGGUAUUGAUGACGCUGCUAUGAUUGUUAACAAAAACGUAUUCAAAGAUGCAUGUGAUAUGUUGUUCCUAGACGCAAAUCAACUUGAAACUGAACUUACUAUCAAAGUAACUAGUGCAGGUGCCAACCAGAUCAAGGGGCCACGUAAGGUUGGAGAUGCUGAAGUAUUGAAAACUAGUGUUUGCAAAGCUGUAUACGAACGAUUGUUCUUAUGGCUUAUACGUAACCUGAACCGUUCUAUUGAGCCAGAAUCCGGUUUCAAGAACUUUAUUGGUAUGCUUGAUAUUUUCGGUUUCGAAGUCUUUAAAAACAACUCACUGGAACAACUCUUUAUCAACAUCACUAAUGAAAUGCUUCAAACCAACUUCGUGGAGAUUGUGUUCAAGCGUGAAGCUGCCUUGUACACCAGCGAAGGUAUCUCAAUCCCUGAGCUUAACUACACCAGCAAUACCGCAAUCAUUGAAAUAUUAUGCUCAAAGGGUAAAUCAAUCCUGUCGUUGCUAGAGGACCAAUGUCUGGCUCCAGGUGGUACUGAUGAGAACCUCGUGAGCUCGUGCAACAACAAGUUGAAGGACAGCAGCAAAUACUCGCCGGCUAAAGUGGGAUCCAAAUUGAACUUUACGGUUGUACACACUAUUGGUACCAUCCAAUACAACGCACAGUCGUUCGUGUUCAAGAACAAGGAUGUAUUGACCGCUGAAUUGGUGGAAUGUGUCAACGCAUCACCCAAUGAGAUGAUAAGGAGCUUGUUUGAAAAUGUUGUAGUUACACGUGGCAAAUUGGCUAAAGGUCAAUUGAUUGGUUCUCAAUUCAUGUCACAAUUGGAAGCAUUGAUGAAAUUGAUCAACAGCACAGACUCACACUUUAUUCGUUGUGUAAAACCCAACGAGACCAAGAAACCAUUGGAGUUCAAUGCCGUCAAGAUCCUUGUACAACUCCACGCGCUGAGUAUCAUUGAAGCUCUCCAGCUUCGUAAACUUGGUUAUUCAUACCGUCGUCCCUAUGAGUCGUUCUUGGAGCAGUACAAGUACGUGGAUCUGUCAAUCACCAACGACAAAUCCUUGGACCCCAAGACUGCUUCCCAGCGUCUUCUGGAGUCUGUUGGUGUGUCGAAAGACCAAUACGCUCUUGGUAAGACAAUGAUGUUCCUUACGCAGAAGAUGGCUAAGGAGCUUACUGUUAUUCAGCGUCAGCGUCUUAGCAUUUGGGAACCGAUUACUGCUAUUCUUGACGCAUGGAUCUCUCGUCAAUCUGCUAAGCAGAAGCUCUUAUCUGAUGUUGAAGAUAUUGUACGCCUCCAGGCUCAUUUGAGACGCCAUAUUGUGCACAGCAGAGUUACCCCUAGCCCCGAUGCGAUGCUCAGGAUGCAAAUAACGUCAUGA